AUGUCACCACAGGUGGUGCUUGACGUGCUGGACGUGAACCGCGACACUCCAAAGAUAGACGUUUACCAAGCGAGGUUACCCGGCUACAACCAGGUAGCAGUUAAGGACGCUAAGUAUUCCGCCGCUAUUCCGUUCAAGAACCACUCAAUUGAUGGGAUCUUGGUGGACGGUUUGACAGACCAGGACUUGCGAUAUAUGGACUUCUUCGAAGGGUACGAGUUCCGCUCGGUAAAGGUGAUGGUAGAUAUACUACACAAAAUUGUGAUUGAAAAUAAUACCCAGUUUGUAACCAAGACGGAAGAAUUGAAUACUUCACGACAAAGUUUGUGCUACGUGUGGAACGAUUCUUAUGAACGGCUCGAGUUUCCGCCAGAUGAGAGGAAGCCGUCUAAACGAUAA